ACGCACAACUCACUUGAGCUUUGGCUCCACUCACUCACUUUCUCCCUAGAUCCUUAAUCUGCACCGCCUUCCGCGGCCAGGAGUCAGUACUUCGCUCUAUUAAUCGACGCAUCGGGUAACCACCGUAGCGUCCUGUCGCAGAUUCGCGCAAUGCCUGCAGAUGUUUUGAAAUCGGGGCCUGGUAACUCAGACCCGUUGCAGGAAUCUGAAGAAGAGCUUCGCGAGUAUGUCAAGAUUAUACAACUGCGCGAUCAAAUCCGCGAUGGUAUACAUCCUAGAUUUAAACCAGCAAAUCGUCCAAGAUCUUCGCAAUCAACGACUCCUCAGCUUCUACAAAAAGUUCCGUCCGCCUCAUCUGAUGGAGCUCAACCUUCUCAAGCGCCGGGGCCACAAGCUCCUCAGUGUACAGACCUUAAAAUCAACAAUGUCCUUUUGACAAAACCUGAUGUUUUAGUCAAGGCCUCGGAGUUAAAGUUGAAGAGGGAAAAGAUUGAAAAAGAACUACGUGAACGAAAGCUUGAGAUGGAAGCCAAGGCUUGGACCGGUGCUGAGCCUGUUGAACACAUUGACUUAUGGGAUUCGAGUACCGAUGUGUUUUCUGACCAACUGGAGUCUAUUAUGAAAAAAGCUGGCGUUCCAUUCAAAGAAACAAUCCGUUCGGUUAACUCCGCCCCUAGCAAGCCAAUCGCCGAGAGCAAUGAAAACUCAGAAACUUCUAUCCGCGCAGGGAAUCCUGAGGUGCAUCAUCAAGAUAGACACGUGUCAAGGAAAACGUGGGAUGGGCCAGUGGAGAGCGCUCUUCCAACUGUGGUUGAAGCCUCUCGUAGACCUCCUAAAGAGUCUCUCGCUUCACGCCAAUUCAACUCGGAAAAGCAGACUUCUUCGAUCGAAGAAUCAACGUCACAGCGAUUGGCCAUUAAUGCGGCCUAUGAGCCUCAAAAGGUUCAGGCUCCCGCUAUGCCAUCGCCUAAGGGAGCGAGUGCUCCAUCGGACGUGAAUAAUGAUGGCUAU